CCCAGAGUUUCCUCGACACAUGAAGGAGGAAAGUGUCUGGAAAGUGACCUGAAGAGACUUCAGCAGUGAACUAUGGAACAGUUUAUUGAAGACUCCAGCCUCCAGGACUGGAAGGUGAUUGGCUCCGGAGGUUUCGGACAAAUCUACAAAGCCAGGCAUCGUCAGUGGGCCUGUGACGUGGCCAUUAAACUGCUUCGUCAUGACGACGGGUGAGGACUCUGCUAUGAGUCAGUGUGAGGACAGAGAGGAGGGAGCCCCUCCCUCUAAAACCACUCUGUGUGGGGACCAUGACAGCCAGACCAAAGCUCAGAGGAUGCUGCAGCAGAAACCAGGACCUGAACCCAGCUGUGUGUCCAUGAAGAGUGACCGGUCUAUGGAUCGUCUUAUUCAGUUUAAAGAUGGACAAGCUGCUGAUGAAAGGAUGCAGCAGCAGAAACCUGGACCUGAACCCAGCUCUGUGUCCAUGAAGAGUGACCGGUCUAUGGGUCAUCCUAUUCAGUUUAAAGAUGGACAAGCUGUUGAUGAAAGGAUGCAGCAGAGACCUGGACCUGGACCUGAACCCAGCUGUGUGUCCAUGAAGAGUGACUGGUCUAUGGGUCGUCCUAUUACCUUUAAAGAUGAACAAGCUGCUGAUGGAAGUAAACUUGAUGUUUUCUCCAGAGAUCAACAGGAGAGAUCAGAGGGCCUCGGUGGUCAGUCUGCCCAGCUGCAUCAAACAGACCUGGACUCCAUAUUUAUGCUGCUGGAGGAGAACAUCGUCACCUUUGUGAAGAACGAACUGAAGAAGAUACAGAAGGUUCUGAAUCCAGAUUACCCAGAAUCCUUAGAGAGUCAGAAGAAGGCUGAGGAUGUGUUGGACGGUGAGGAUGAAGAGCAGAGUAGGAGCCGUGGAGAGGCAUUUCUGAAGAUUACACUGCACUUCCUGAGGAGAAUGGAGCAGGAGGAGCUGGCUGACUGUCUGCAGAACAGAACUCAUGCUGCAGUGUGCCUCCCCAAAUUCAAGUCCAACCAGAAGAAGAAGUUCCAGUGUGUGUUUGAGGGGAUUGCUAAAGCAGGAAACCCAACCCUUCUGAAUAAGAUGUUCACAGAGAUCUACAUCACCGAUGGGGGGACUUUAAAGGUCAAUGAAGAACAUGAGGUCAGACAGAUUGAAAUAGCAUCCAGGAAACCAGACAGACCAGAAACAAUAAUCAGAUGUGAAGACAUCUUUAAAACCCCACCUGGAAGAGAUGAACCAAUCAGAACGGUGAUGACAAAGGGAGUGGCUGGCAUCGGGAAAACAGUCUUAACACAGAAGUUCACUCUGGACUGGGCUGAAGGCAAAGCCAACCAGGACAUCCAGUUCAUAUUUCCAUUCACUUUCAGAGAGCUGAAUGUGCUGAAAGAGAAAAAGUACAGCUUGGUGGAACUUGUUCAUCACUUCUUUAGUGAAACCAAAGAAGCAGGAAUCUGCCGGUUUGAAGAGUUCCAGGUUGUGUUCAUCUUUGACGGUCUGGAUGAGUUUCGACUUCGUCUAGAUUUCCACAACACUGAGAUCCUGACUGAUGUUACAGAGUCCACCUCAGUGGGUGUGCUGCUGACAAACCUCAUCAGGGGGAAACUGCUUCCCUCUGCUCGCCUCUGGAUAACCACACGACCUGCAGCAGCCAAUCAGAUCCCUGCUGAGUGUGUUGACAUGGUGACAGAGAUCAGAGGAUUCACUGACCCACAGAAGGAGGAGUACUUCAAUAAGAGAUUUAGAGAUGAGGAGCAGCCCAGCAGAAUCAUCUCCCACAUCAAGACAUCACAGAGCCUCCAUAUCAUGUGCCACAUCCCAGUCUUCUGCUGGAUCACUGCUACAGUUCUGGAGAAGAUGUUGAAGACUAGAGCAGGAGGAGAGCUGCCCAAGACCCUGACUGAGAUGUACAUCCACUUCCUGGUGGUUCAAUCCAAACUGAAGAAUCUCAAGUAUCAUGGAAAAUCUGAGACAGAUCCACACUGGAGUCCAGAGACCAGGAAGAUGAUUGAAUCUCUGGGAAAAAUGGCUUUUGAGCAGCUGCAGAAAGGCAACCUGAUCUUCUAUGAAUCAGACCUGACAGAGUGUGGCAUCGAUAUCAGAGCAGCCUCAGUGUACUCAGGAGUGUUCACACAGAUCUUUAAAGAGGAGAGUGGACUGUACCAGGACAAGGUGUUCAGCUUCGUCCACCUGACUGUUCAGGAGUUCCUGGCUGCUCUUCAUGUCCAUCUGACAUUCAUCAACUCUGAAGUCAACCUGCUGGCAGAAGAACAAUCAACAUCGUGGUGGUCUGAAGUGUUCAGAGACAAAUCAACACGUUUCUAUCAGAGUGCUGUGGACGAGGCCUUACAGAGUCCAAAUGGACACCUGGACUUGUUCCUUCGCUUCCUCUUGGGUCUUUCACUAGAGACCAAUCAGACUCUCCUACGAGGUCUGAUGACGCAGACAGGAAGUAGCUCACAGACCAAUCAGAAAACAGUUAAGUACAUCAAGAAGAAGAUCAGUGAGAAUCUAUCUGCAGAGAGAAGCAUCAAUCUGUUUCACUGUCUGAAUGAACUGAAUGAUGGUUCUCUAGUGGAGGAGAUCCAACAGUCCCUGAGUUCAGGAAGUCUCUCCACAGAUAAACUGUCUCCUGCUCAGUGGUCAGCUCUGGUCUUCAUCUUACUGUCAUCAGAAAAAGAUCUGGAUGUGUUUGACCUGAAGAAAUACUCUGCUUCAGAGGAGGCUCUUCUGAGGCUGCUGCCAGUGGUCAAAGCCUCCAACAAAGCUCUACUGAGUGGCUGUACCCUGUCAGAGAGAAGCUGUGAAGCUCUGUCCUCAGUUCUCAGCUCCAAGUCCUCUAGUUUGAGAGAGAUGGACCUGAGUAAUAACAACCUGCAGGAUUCAGGAGUAGAUCAUCUGUCCUCUGGAUUGAAGAGUCCACACUGCAGAAUGGAAACUCUCAGGUUGAGUGGCUGUACAUUGACAGAGAGAAGCUGUGAAGCUCUGCCCUCAGUUCUCAGCUCCCAGUCCUCUAAUAAUGUCCUGCAGGAUUCAGGAGUGAAGCUGGUAUCUCCUGCACUGAAGAGUCCACACUGCAGAUUGGAAACUCUCAGACUGAGUAGCUGUGACCUUUCAGAGAGAAGCUGUGAAGCUCUGUCUUCAGUUCUGAGCUCCCAGUCCUUGAGUCUGAGAGAGCUGGACCUGAGUAACAACGAUCUACAGGAUUUAGGAGUGAAGAUGGUGUCUUCUGGAUUGAAGAGUCCACACUGCAGACUGAAAACUCUCAGUCUCUCAGGCUGUAUGAUCUCAAAGGAAGGCUGUUCUUCUCUGGCCUCAGCUCUGAGAUCCAACCCCUCCCAUCUGAGAGUGCUGGACCUUAGUUACAAUCAUCUAGGAGACUCAGGAGUGAAGCUGCUUUCUACUUUACUGGAGGAUCCAAACUGGAGACUGGACACUCUAAGGGUGGACCAUGGUGGACCACAGAGAAUGAGACCUGAUGAACGUUUGAAUGAUUUUCUUUCAGUUAUUGUCAGUAAAGUUGUUAAUAAAUCAUCAGAUGAUAACCUGCAGCUGUAUUGUGUCUUGUUCUCUCCAUCAGAUGUCUGUGAACUGGAACUGGACACAAACACAGCACACAGAAACCUCAAACUGUCUGACAACAACAGGAAGGUGACAUGUGUGGAGGAGUAUCAGUCAUAUCCUGAUCAUCCAGACAGAUUUGACUGCUGGGGUCAGCUGCUGUGUAGAAAUGGUCUGACUGGUCGCUGUUACUGGGAGGUCGAGAGGAGAGGAAAGGUUUCUAUAGCAGUGAGUUACAGAGGAAUCAGAAGGAAAGGAGACAGUAAAGACAGUGCGUUUGGAGGGAAUGAUCAGUCCUGGAGACUGUUCUGCUCUGAUGAAGAUGGUUACUCUGUCAGGCACAAUGCCAGAAGAACAUCCAUCUCCUCCUCCUCCUCUGUCUCUAACAGAGUAGCAGUGUAUGUGGACAUUCCUGCUGGCUCUCUGUCCUUCUACACAGUCUCCUCUGACUCACUGAUCCACCUCCACACCUUCAACACCACAUUCACUCAACCUCUUUAUCCUGGGUUUAAUGUCUGGUCUGGUUUCUCAGUGUCUCUGUGUCCUCUGCAGGACUGAGAGUGUCUCCUGUGGACAGAAACACUGACUGAAGAUCAACUGCUGAAAUCAAAGUUCAGUCUGUUCACCAUCACACACACUCUGCACUGUGAAGCAGAUCUGAGACUCAAACACAAAAACAUUCAUCUGAUUUCAUCUCUGGGAUUAUCAACAUUUGAACUGUGGACUAAAAACACUUCAUGAUAUGGAACAUCUAAAAAAAAAUCAACUGUUAUUGGUUACUAUUAUGUCCUUUAUAUUUUGAAUCAUAUUGUAAUAUAUUUAAAAUUUGGAAAACAAAUGUUUCUAUAACCAAUCAUCAUAUAGUCUAAUGUUUCUAAAUGAUUUUUAUUAUUAUAUUAUUAUU